CGCUGCGUGCGCUGACGGAGACAAAGCAGUGCCCGAGGUCGCCGUGGCGGCGGCGGCGGCGGCGGCGGCCGAGUCCUGAGCGCUGAGUCUCGUGACGCCAGCCCUGUCGUCAUCUGUUCGGGCGCGGCGUGGCGCGCGCGGGCGGCGGCGGAGGCAGCGGCAGCACAUGGUUCCAAGAGCGCGCCGCGGUAGUUGAGUUCCAAUUCCGCGGGGAGGGACAAAGCCAUCUGCGAGCUGCAGGCAACGCCCGACCGGAGCCGGGGGGGCGUGCUCGCUGCUGUGCCCCCCGUUCUCUGCCCUGGAUCCGGAACGAGUGACUUCCUCGGAGGAAACUUAGGAGAACAGAAAAGGACUCGAAGAACGUGAAGAUGAAGUCGCAAUAAACCGCCAGCUUGGAAGACCAUUCCGAACCAUUCACUCCGGAGGCUUCGGGGAAUUGCAUGAAGGACGCUCGACGCUUGCUGCUCUUAAGGACUAUAGUCGGGAAAUUUUGUUCUAUGAGUCACUAAGAAGCAGAUUUACCCUUGACUGGACCGACCCCUGGGAAAGCCUGUUCCGUCCUAUGUUCUCCCCCUGUUAACGGGCAAAGACUGGAGACUCACUGCAGUCAUGGCCUUCACCAAUUACAGCAGUCUCAACCGAGCUCAACUAACCUUUGAAUAUCUGCACACAAAUUCAACCACUCAUGAAUUCUUGUUUGGUGCUCUUGCUGAACUGGUUGAUAAUGCAAGAGAUGCUGAUGCCACCAGAAUAGACAUUUAUGCUGAGAGGCGGGAUGACCUUCGAGGAGGAUUUAUGCUUUGCUUUUUGGAUGAUGGAGCAGGAAUGGAUCCGAGUGAUGCUGCCAGUGUGAUCCAGUUUGGGAAGUCGGCCAAACGAACUCCUGAGUCCACCCAAAUUGGGCAGUAUGGCAAUGGAUUAAAAUCGGGCUCAAUGCGCAUUGGGAAGGAUUUUAUUCUCUUCACUAAGAAGGAGGACACCAUGACCUGCCUCUUCCUGUCUCGUACCUUUCAUGAGGAAGAAGGCAUUGAUGAAGUAAUAGUCCCAUUGCCUACCUGGAAUGCUCAAACACGGGAACCUGUCACAGACAAUGUGGAGAAGUUUGCCAUUGAGACAGAGCUCGUCUACAAGUACUCUCCCUUCCACACCGAGGAGCAGGUGAUGGCCCAGUUCAUGAAGAUUCCCGGGAAUAGUGGAACACUGGUGAUCAUCUUUAAUCUCAAGCUCAUGGACAAUGGAGAACCAGAACUAGACAUAAUCUCAAAUCCAAAAGACAUCCAGAUGGCAGAGACCUCCCCAGAGGGCACGAAGCCAGAGCGACGCUCCUUCCGAGCCUAUGCUGCUGUGCUCUAUAUUGAUCCACGGAUGAGGAUCUUCAUUCAUGGACACAAGGUGCAGACCAAGAGACUCUCCUGUUGCUUGUAUAAGCCCAGAAUGUACAAGUAUACAUCAAGCCGUUUCAAGACUCGGGCAGAACAGGAAGUGAAGAAAGCAGAGCAUGUAGCACGGAUUGCUGAAGAAAAGGCCCGUGAGGCAGAAAGCAAAGCUCGGACUUUAGAAGUACGAAUGGGUGGGGACCUGACACGGGACUCUAGGGUGAUGUUGCGGCAGGUCCAGAAUACAGCCAUCACCCUGCGUAGAGAAGCUGAUGUCAAGAAAAGGAUCAAGGAUGCCAAGCAGCGAGCACUCAAAGAACCCAAGGAACUGAAUUUUGUUUUUGGGGUCAAUAUUGAACACCGGGACCUAGAUGGUAUGUUUAUCUACAAUUGUAGUCGCCUGAUCAAGAUGUAUGAGAAAGUGGGCCCACAGCUGGAAGGGGGCAUGGCAUGUGGUGGGGUUGUUGGGGUUGUUGAUGUGCCCUACUUGGUUCUGGAACCUACACAUAACAAGCAGGACUUCGCUGAUGCUAAGGAGUACCGGCAUCUACUGCGAGCAAUGGGGGAUCACUUGGCACAGUACUGGAAGGACAUCGCCAUUGCCCAGCGUGGAAUCAUCAAGUUUUGGGAUGAGUUUGGCUACCUUUCCGCCAACUGGAACCAACCUCCAUCCAGUGAGCUGCGUUUCAAACGCCGGAGGGCUAUGGAAAUCCCAACCACUAUCCAGUGUGAUCUGUGUCUGAAAUGGAGGACACUCCCCUUCCAGCUGAGUUCAGUAGAAAAAGAUUAUCCUGAUACUUGGGUUUGCUCCAUGAACCCCGAUCCUGAGCAGGACCGCUGUGAAGCUUCUGAACAGAAGCAGAAGGUUCCCUUGGGGACAUUAAAAAAGGACCUAAAGACACAGGAAGAAAAGCAGAAGCAGCUGACAGAGAAAAUUCGCCAGCAGCAGGAAAAACUAGAAGCUCUUCAGAAAACCACACCCAUCCGCUCACAAGCUGACCUGAAGAAAUUACCCUUAGAAGUGACUACCAGACCUUCCACUGAAGAACCUGUACGGAGACCUCAGCGUCCUCGGUCACCCCCUUUACCUGCCGUGAUCAAGAAUGCUCCUAGCAGACCCCCUUCUGUUCAAACUCCUAGACCAACUAGCCAACUCCGAAAGGCUUCGGUUAUCAGCAACCCCCCAAAGCUGCCUGCUACAGCAGCCCGAGGUGAAACUAGUGUAUCCAGGCUGCUCCAGCCAGCUGAGGCACCCCGAAAGCCUGCAAACUCUCCCAUCAAGACUGCACCCCGACCCACUCCUCCUGUGCAGCCCCCGUCACCAUCUCUACUCCCAAACUCCAAGAACCUUCGGGAGAUUCCUGCUCAAAAAGCCAUCAAGACUCCAGUGGUCAAGAAGCCAGAGAUACCUGUUAAACAUUCCGUGGCCACCUCAGGUCGGAAGCGGAGUCUUGCAGUCUCUGAUGAAGAAGAGGCUGAAGAAGAAGCUGAAAAGAGGAAAGAGAGAUGCAAGCGGAGCAAGUUUUCUGUGAAGGAGGAAAAGAAGGAGGCAAAUGAGCUCUCAGACAGUGCUGGGGAAGAUGACUCAACUGAACUCAAGAAGGCUCAGAAAGAUAAAGGGCUGCAUGUAGAGGUGCGUGUGAACCGGGAGUGGUACACAGGUCGUGUCACAGCUGUGGAGAUGGGCAAGAAUGUGGUCCGGUGGAAAGUGAAGUUUGACUACGUGCCCACAGACACAACACCAAGAGACCGCUGGGUGGAGAAAGGCAGUGAAGAUGUACGACUGAUGAAGCCACCUUCUCCAGAGCAUCAGAGUCCUGACACGCAGCAAGAAGGUGGAGAAGAGGAGGAGGCUGUGGUCCAACAGGCUGCAGCCUUACCAGAGCCCUCUACCUCUGAUGGUCUAGCCAUUGAGCCUGACACUACUGCCCCAAGUACCAACCAUGAGACUAUUGACCUCCUGGUCCAGAUUCUUCGCAAUUGCUUGCGAUAUUUCUUGCCUCCGAGUUUCCCCAUCUCCAAGAAGGAGCUGAGUGCUAUGAAUUCAGAAGAACUAAUAUCUUUUCCUCUGAAAGAGUACUUCAAGCAGUAUGAGGUAGGACUCCAGAAUCUGUGCCAUUCCUACCAAAGUCGUGCUGACUCACGGGCAAAAGCCUCAGAGGAGAGCUUGCGCACCUCUGAGAGAAAGCUUCGUGAGACAGAGGAAAAGUUACAGAAGUUGAGGACCAACAUUGUAGCACUCCUGCAAAAAGUACAGGAGGACAUAGACAUCAAUACAGAUGACGAGCUGGAUGCCUACAUUGAGGACCUCAUCACCAAAGGGGACUGAGGAGCUGGGAGGCAGAUAAUUCCUCUGCACACCUGCUUCUCAGCACAGCAGCUUCUGGGGAAGGGGAUUUCAUUAGUGAGUUGGUGGACUUAAUCUUGGUUUGACUCAUGUGGGCCAUUUGUGCUUUGGGAAGGAGAUUUCUUGAAUCUUCCUCCCUAAAUUUACAUAAAUAUUUAUUUUUUAAAAGAGAA